AUGGCGGCCACAUCUAGUGGCAAUGCGAACCUUGAGAGCAAGAGUAUUUUAGAAAAACAGUUGAAGAUAUGUGGCUUUAGAAAAGAUAAAGAAGUCACAGAUUUGUACCUUGGGGAAAAAGGAUUAAGAGAAGUCCCUGAUUUGUCACGGUUUCGGAUAUUAAAGUACCUGUGGCUAAACAACAAUAAGAUUCAGAAUCUAAGUUUCUUGAAGCAUAACUGCUGCUUGACUGAACUGUACCUCAACAACAAUGAAAUCAGAGAUAUAGCAGGUGCUCUGAGAAACAUACAUUCAUUGCAGAUCCUGCUUCUUCAUAACAACCAGCUGAAAAACCUGGACAGAACAGUGAAAGAGCUACAAGGAAUGCGAAAUCUUCAGACCUUAAACCUGUUUAACAACCCACUGUCGCAUGACGGCAGAUACCAUCUGUAUGUAAUAUACCACAUUCCUUCAGUAACGUUGCUUGACAGAAAAGAAAUAACCAAAAAAGAAAGAGAAUCAGCUCUGCAUAUUUACAACCACGAGAAGACCCUUGUCCUCCAGUCUAUAGGAUUUGGGAAGAGAAUAGACAUACCACUACUGCCGAAGGCAGUAACUAGCCUGACACCCACUAAAGUGAUGCCUUUGCCUCCAGGUUGCGAGUUUGGAAAUCACCUGGUUAAAAUUCCAUUUGAAAAUCCAGAGGAUGCUGUCUUUGUGAGGGCAACAAAGCGCUCUGUAAUGGAGUUCUCGACUGUCGAUUGGGAGAAAAUGCCCACCAGUGAAGAAAAACGCCUUGGCAGCAAUCCAGAAAAAAGACCAGAGAAGCUGAUGUUCAGAUUCAAAUAG